AAAAAUCAAACUUUCAAAAGCCGCACACUAAACUAUAGUCAUGAACAAAAAUGAACAGUUUGGUUCAAAUUCUCAUGAUGUAUCGACAGAUUGUUUUUUGUGUUUUUUUCUUAGCUUUCUCAUCGAUUAAUAUUGAGACAUAUGAAAUAGAUGUAACCGAUAAAGUUACAUUCACUAUUGCUAUUGGUAAUGAAACUGCCGGUAAAAUUGAUAUUGGUUUAUUUGGAAAAUUAGCACCAAAAACAGUGGAAAAUUUUGUCGCUUUAGCUUCGGAAGAAGGUUAUCAAGGAAAAUCUUAUAAUGGUAGUUUAUUUCAUCGUGUCAUAACCAAUUUUAUGAUACAAGGUGGUGAUAUAACCAGUGAAGAUGGAUCUGGAUCAUUAUCCAUUUAUGGCCAAUAUUUUGAUGAUGAAAAUUUUGUACUUAAUCAUGGUCAACCUGGCCUUAUAAGUAUGGCUAAUGCUGGUAAAGAUACGAAUGGUUGUCAAUUUUUCAUUACAUUAGUACCAACACCAUGGCUGGAUGGACAUCAUACUGUUUUCGGUAAAGUUCUUGAUGGUAUGGAUCUCAUUUUUCGAAUCAGUAGUCUACCAACCGAUUCUAAUGAUCGUCCUUUACAAAAUGUUCGAAUAAUCGAUACAAAAACCGAAAAAAUCGACAUACAAACUACACUUGAAUAGAAAUAUAUUUUUUUUUAUAAAUUUAA